AUAAYGUGCUGCCAACGUCUCCCCUCCUCCCUCAGAUGGCACAUCAGCACUCAUACCCCARCCUGGGGCAGAUCACCAACCCGUAUGAGCAGCAGCCGCCGGGCAAGGAGCUCAACAAGUAUGCGUCCCUGAAGGCUGUAGCUGACAAGGUCAACGACGACUUCUACUCCAAGCGCCGGCACCUUGCAGAACUGGCGGCCAAGGGGAGCCUGCCGCUCCACCCGGUGCGCGUGGAGGACGACAGUGCCACGGCCAAGCAGAACGGCCACAAGUCCAAAGUGACGAAGCUCCCCGCGCACGCGCUACCCUACAAUUCCCACUACAAGACCUGGGAUCCCAACUACCAGUCCCUCAGACGGCAAGCGUACACGGGCCGGGGCCGGCACGGAGUGGGCGACCCGACGCUCACCGACCCGCUGACCACGCGCAGCCAGCACUACCUGGGCCCGCAGCCAUACUUCAUAACUAACAGCAAGACAGAAGUGACUGUUUGA